UGAAUUUUUGACUUUUUUUACAUAAACUUUUCUGUUUUAAUUUGAAACUUAUCCAUAUUAAUUUAUUUAGAUUCUCCAGUGUUUAGUGUUUUCCUGUGUUAUUUAAUAGAUGGUCUAUUAACUUGAUUAUGCAUUUUGUAUUAAUGUUUUUAAGUUAAGUUACACCUGCUAAUUAAAUAUUUAACAUUUUUGAACAUCAUAAUUUUCUAUAUGUUGACCAUUAAGAUGGUAUAUUCAUAUAUUCGUAAAAUUAUUACUGAGUACAGCUGUAAUAAAUAUUGAUCAUUCUAUGUGGCGUUAUUGACUGCAGAUACGAGUAAAAGCGAAACCCAAAAAAAUAAUCAUUAAACAACACACAAUGAGUCAAAAGAGCUGCAAUAACAACCGUCGGUCGAAUCCCGCAAAAAUGUACGAGGCAUUGCACAAGAAGCGUGCGGCCGAGUGCGAAGCCAGAGAACAGUGGGCCGGCGUGACGCAGUACUUCAAGACAUGGGAAAACAACUCGAAUAAGUUCACCAAUUGGACUUCGCCGCAGUAUUACAAAAAAAGUUCUGAGCUUCAAUUGGAAAUGCGAAGACGGGAGCAACGAAAACUCGAGGAAGAACAAGAAGAAUUGGAAAAGUGGCGCAAAAAAUUACGGGACAGACAGCUCGAAGACGAAGAAUUUAAGAAAGGGCAAAUGAAAAAAAAACCCGUACCACUGUCGAGGCCGAAUUCAGCCGGACAAAAAACACCUUGCGAAGAAAUGGCAAUGGAAUUAAAACGCAAACACGACGCCGUCACGGACAGGGAGAUCGAGUUGAGACUUCACGUGCGAUCCAAAUCGUGCGAUCCUAAACAGGCCAAACAAUAUGUAAUGCGAGAACGUGAACGGUCGUCAGAGUCUUCGUGGGACGACCGGAUGAAGGAGAAAAAGUCAGCGGAUCUAAAACGGCGAGAACAAUCAGAACACGAGCAGCGGUUGAACGAGGAACAAUCUGCAGCCAAUAGAUUGGCCGAAGAGGAAAAACAUAGGACACGACAGACUCGAUCGUCUCAAUUAAAAGACGAACUUGUCGGUCGUGUGGCGGAAUUAAAAAAUCGUUCAGACCGAUGCGAUGAGCUCAAGAGAUUGGAGUCUGCAUACUUGACAUUGCAAGGCCAGGUGGAAGACGUGGAGCGUAGUAAUGAAAAGUUGGAUCGAAAAAAGAUUCAAAGUUUAUCCAGGGCAAAAGCGCUUCGCCAAUACCUGACUACACUAAAGCAAAGGUCCAAGGAAGUGGUUGAGUUUUUACGAGAAGACCGUAAGCUUUUAGAUGACUUGGUUUCAACAGUGCGCAGCUCGAACGCCUCAGGGUCCAUUAAUCUAGGUGGUAUGGUAAAUGAGCUGAAAGAUUUGUACAAUCAGUACGAAGAUGAUGAGAGCCAGCGACUGUACUUGAUGGACUUUAUGUUUGAAGAAGAAGCUCGAAACAUGUGGCGGUCACAAGAGGAACGGUGGCGGAGAGAACAUGCGUUACGCAAGACUGGAAUAGAUAACUUAUUUUCUGCAAUAAAAACCCAAUUGGAAGAAAAUAUAGACAAAUGUUUGGAUGAACAACGUAUCUUGAUCAGUGAACGAGAAGAGUUGAUCAGUAUCAUUGAAAAAGGCAAUGACGAAUUGAAACGGUUGGAAGCAGAGUCAGCUGAGUUUUAUGAACAGUAUCCAGACUAUUGCAGCAGUGACAAUAAUAACAAUGAUGAAAUACAAUCAUCGGAUUCUACGGACUAUAGAAAAUUUGAAAAGACUGCUUUGAAGGUAAUGGAUCGCGAACAAAAAUUGUUGGCAGAAAUGGCUCGAAUGAAUUUGUUGGAUGAUUCCAAAUUAACAGAUCAUAGAAGAAAGAAAUCAGUUUGGUAAAUUUACCAUACUUUUGAUUUCACUCUUAAAUGUUAUAUGACUUGUUGAGCAACUAAUGUUUCUUAGCUUUAUUUAAUUUUUAUAUUUUUCACUGACAAAAUAACGAUCAUUUAGUUUUUAAAUAGUUCUAAAAGAAAAAUUAACAAUUUAUAGGUUUUUUUUUUUUAAUUGAAUUAUUUUGUUGUUUUAUCACAGUCGAAUAGUUAAUGAUUUAAGAUUUUGAUAACAACAGAAAAUAUUUUAAUUCUGUGCAAUAUGUUUUAAUUUUUUGAACUUCAUUGUUAAACUUUUAUUAAUGUAUAAGAUUUAUUGUAAACAUUUUAAAUUUUGUUAUUUGGGAAAUAAUGAGUAUGUAUUUUAUGUGUGUAUGUUCUUUAAAUAUAAAUGUAAACAUCUUUUUGUCUUAA